UUAUUUUUUAUUAUUUUUAAUACUUUAUCGAUGCGGUGGAAUGGAGGAGCUUUCCAACAAUCACAUCCAAGGAAUAAGCCAAUCCUGCAAAACUGUUUCAUUCAAUUAUCACCUCGGCUAGUUCGUUAUUAUAUAUAGUCCCAGUGAGCCACAUUCAAAGCGAGCCAGUUGCUUGCUAAGCUAUCGUGGCUGCUGUACUUCGACAGCUCCAAGAAGCCAAUGACACAUACUCCUCAUGCGGAACCCUUCCCGGAGUCUGGCCGAGAUGCAGAUGCCGGUGCCGUUGUUGUUCUCCAAUCAAAGGGGCAGUGGUGGCACGCCGGGUUUCAUCUGACGACGGCGAUAGUGGGACCGACAAUAUUGACGUUACCGUAUGUGUUCAGGGGGCUUGGAUGGUGCCUGGGGUUUACGUGUUUAACGGUGAUGGGGUUGGUGACGUUUUACUCUUACUAUCUGAUGUCGAAGGUGCUGGACCACUGCGAUAAAGCUGGUAGUCGCCACAUCAGAUUCCGGGAGCUGGCUGCCGACGUUUUAGGAUCUGGGUGGAUGUUUUAUUUUGUUAUACUUAUUCAAACGGCCAUCAACACUGGAGUUGGAAUAGGAGCAAUUUUGCUUGCAUCGGAGUCCCUCCAGAUAAUGUACUCGGACCUUUCUCCAAAUGGGACUUUGAAACUGUCUGAGUUCAUAGCAAUGGUAACAUUUGUUAUGAUAGUUCUCUCUCAACUGCCUACUUUCCACUCACUCAGACACAUCAACCUUGCUUCUCUUCUUCUAAGCUUGGGCUACACUUUCCUUGUAGUUGGUGCUUGUAUUAAAGCAGGUCUCUCUAAAAAUGCUCCGUCAAAGGACUACUCCCUUGAAUCUUCAAAAUCAUCUAGGCUUUUUAGUGCCUUCACUUCCAUCUCCAUAAUAGCUGCCAUUUUUGGAAAUGGUAUACUACCAGAAAUACAGGCAACUCUGGCUCCACCUGCCACUGGGAAGAUGGUUAAAGGGCUUCUAAUGUGCUACAGUGUCAUUUUUGUUACUUUCUAUUCGGCAGCAGCUUCUGGGUAUUGGGCAUUCGGGAACAAAGCCGAUUCAAACAUUCUCAAGAGCCUACUGCCUGAUAAUGGACCUUCCUUCGCUCCUACAUUGGUUGUUGGUCUUGCAGUUGUGUUUGUUCUUCUUCAACUGUUUGCCAUUGGCUUGGUUUACUCUCAAGUGGCCUUUGAGAUCAUGGAGAAGAAAUCGGCUGAUGUAAAACAAGGGAUGUUCUCGAAAAGAAACCUUAUCCCCAGGAUCAUUCUUCGGACGCUAUAUAUGAUCUUUUGUGGAUUUAUGGCAGCAAUGCUUCCAUUCUUUGGAGACAUUAAUGGAGUGGUAGGAGCAAUUGGAUUUAUCCCUCUAGAUUUCAUCCUGCCAAUGCUUCUUUACAACAUGACAUUCAAACCUCCCAAAUCGUCCCUCAUCUUCUGGAUCAAUAUUACCAUCAUGGUUGUCUUCACUGGAGCAGGAUUGAUGGGUACAUUCUCCUCUACAAGGAAGUUGAUUCUCGAUGCCAACAAGUUUAAGCUUUUUAGUAGUGAUGUAGUGGACUAAAGAAAAAUGAAAAAACUCUGAGCUACUGAGAAAAUUGAGUAGCCCUUAUCAAUUAAGUUGUAUAAGAACAUUUAACUACGCAUCUUGAUUAUUGAACUACUGAUGUUGAGCUAAUCAUUCUGGAUUUGAGUAGAUUUGUAACAAAUGUGAACUUGAUUCUCUCUUAUCUCUA